AUGGCACAUUGGCUGCUCCUCCUCUUGACUGCCCUCCCUGCCUUGGGGCAGAAUCCCCUGACACCAGAGAACAUGCUGCCUGGCUGCCCAGACAUUGUGUCAAAGUCUGAGUGGGGGGCCCUUUCCUCUAACUGCGUGAGGCCCCUGAACCUGCCUGUGGAGAUUGUGCUGGUGUCUCACACAGCUAGCGACCCCUGCUUCUCACCCGCAGACUGCGAACAACAGAUGAGACUCCUCCAAAGAGACCAUGUCCAAAUACGGGGCUUCUGUGACAUCGUGUACAACUUCUUAAUUGGGGAAGAUGGGCUCAUCUAUGAGGGGCGAGGGUGGUCCACCCAAGGAGCCCACUCGAGUGCCGCUUUGAACUCCAUUUCCCUGGGGAUCAGCUUCAUUGGCAACUUCCAGAAUCGAAGCCCUAAUUCCCGAGCCCUCCGGGCCAUGCAGAGCCUGCUUCGCUGUGGCUUGCAGCAUGGUGCACUGGCAUCUCAAUAUAUCAUCAGGGGAGAGCAAGGUGCGCUGGACUUCCCUGCGAACAGGCUGUAUGGCGAGCUGCGGAAACUGCCCCGAUACCGAGAAUGA